UGAGAAUCGGGAGCUUUUUCUAACCACACUUCUAUCUCCACAAAUGUAGAACUAAUUUUGGCAAAAGAGUGAUCAAAUUAGGCGAUGUACCUCCCAUUUUUACAUGAGUAAAACAACGUGUGUUAAAAGUUCUACAAUUGACGUCCCCAAGUCCAAUUCUCUCGCUCCAAAUUCCCUCAAUCACUCCACUCCCCAAAUAAUCCCCAAAAUGACGCAACCACCUCUUCACUAAUACAAAAAUAACGAAAUUAGGGUUUGAAAUGCGACAAAUUCAAUGGCACCAUUUCCCAGAUUAUUGCCGGAAAUCGCUUCAUCAUCACACUGUUGUUCCUUCAAUUCUCCUCUCUGCUCCCGUCGCCGGACCACUACCACCACCACCGUCGCCGGCGGAGGCGGUUUUCUCUCUCUUCUGGAAGCUCCGCAUUGUUCUAGACGAUUAUUCUCAUUUUCUUCCUUGAUUUGUUGUGCCGCCGUAAUUCAUCAUCAUCGUCAUCAUAGAUCUGUUGAAAGAAGGAGAUGGAGUGUGAAUGCUUAUGCUAAUGCCACUGCAUUUCGUGUUUUAGAUGCUCAUGUUAAUGGCCAUAACACCUCCAAUCAUGUCGGUGUCGAAAUUCCCGUUUCUUGCUACCAGAUUAUUGGUGUUCCUAGUAAAGCAGAAAAGGAUCAGAUAGUUAAAUCUGUGAUGAAUCUGAAAAGUGCUGAGGUCGAAGAAGGGUACACUAUGGAAGCUGUUGUAUCCCGUCAGGAUUUGUUGAUGGAUGCUAGAGAUAAACUUCUUUUUGAACCAGAGUAUGCUGGUAAUAUUAAAGAGAAAAUUGUACCAAAAUCUACUUUGCGCAUCCCGUGGGCUUGGUUACCUGGGGCUCUUUGCCUUCUUCAAGAGGUUGGAGAAGAGAAACUUGUUUUAGACAUUGGUCGAGCAGCUCUCGUGUACGCUGAUGCCAAGCCACAUGCGCACGAUGUACUUCUUUCUAUGGCUCUUGCAGAGUGUGCAAUUGCCAAGACCCAUUUGGAGAAGAAUAAAGUGUCUCAAGGAUUUGAAGCUCUUGCUCGUGCCCAAUGCUUUUUGAGGAGUAAAACUUCCCUGGGAAAAAUGAAGCUGCUUUUGGAGAUAGAAGAGUCUUUGGAAGAGCUUGCACCUGCGUGCACUUUGGAAUUGUUGGCAAUGCCUCAGACUACAGAUAAUGUUGAACGCAGGCGUGGGGCAAUGGCAGCUUUGCGAGAAUUGCUUAGGCAAGGUCUUGAUGUAGAAGCUUCAUGCCGAGUUAAUGAUUGGUCUAGCUUCUUGAGUAACGCACUUGGUAAACUCAUGGCUUCAGAAAUUGUUGAACUGAUUCCUUGGGAGAGUUUAGCAUUGACUCGGAAGAAUAAGAAAUCUCUCGGGUCACAAAAUCAGAGGGUUGUGAUCGAUUUCGAUUGUUUCUACACUGCACUGAUGGCUCAUAUUGCUUUUGGGUUCUCCAGCAGACAAAAAGACUGGAUUAGCAAAGCAAGAUCAAUAUGCGAAUGUCUGAUGACAUCUGAUGGGGUUGACCUGAAACUUGAAGAAGCGUUUUGCUUGUUCCUUCUCGGACAGGGUAGUGAGGCGGACACUCUUGAAAGGCUUCGUGAGGUUGAAUACAGUAAGAAUUCAGGAUCAAGAAACUCACUCCUAAGAAAAGAAGGCAAAGAUGCUCCUGCCACCGAAUAUUCAUUAGAAAAGUGGCUGAAAGAUGCCGUGCUGUGUUUGUUUCCAGAUACACGAGAUUGUUCCCCUUCAUUGGCUGCCUUUUUUGGUCAGGAGAAGAAAGCUUUUGGCAACAAGCAAAGUAGAGGUUUAUCGUCCUCUAUGCCAAAUAUAAACCACAGGACAAUAUCGCCGGCUGUUUUAUCCGACCGAAUAGUGUCCGAUGACCGUCUUGCUUCAUUGGUGUCCUCCCAACAUCUUGGGCCUGCUGUAAAGCAGUUGACUCCAACUAAUCUGCGAAGUCCAUUACAGGAAGCCAAAUCUGGCACCCAGAGUGACACAUGCACACCAUCACCACAGUUAAAGAGAGAUCUUGGUAGCCACCGUCAUAAAGCUGCUAAUAGCUGGAUGGCUAAAGGAGAUAUUGUUGGACAUAUAACAUUUGUCACUAUUCUAGGUUGCAUCGUAUUUGCCACUUCAAAGAUGCUGGGCAGGCAGGGUGGGCAUGUGUACGACUACAGACUGGCCAACAGAAAAACCUUGAGUUCUACUCUUGGUGACCACUCUGGACAUAAUGGCAUGCAUAGCAACUUUGCUGCUGCGAUGCAGCAGUUUUUAUCAACUUUGAAGUUGCGUAGCAAAAAUCAUCCCAACACAGGAAACAGAAAAAUAUCGUCUGUCACUGCUGGCCUAUCAUCUCCUACGCCUACUAUAUAUGAGAGAGUAAUGACUCUUGAAGAAGCUGAAGAUCUUGUAAACCAAUGGCAAGUAAUCAAAGCGGAAGCCCUUGGACCUGACCAUCAAAUAGAUUCUCUCUUUGACAUUCUUGAUGAUACUAUGCUGCUUGAGUGGCAAGCUUUGGCAGAUGCAGCCAAAGAUAAAUCAUGUUUUUGGAGAUUUGUUUUGCUGCAAUUAUCUGUCCUGCGAGCUGAUGUUUUCUUAGAUGCCACUGGCACUGAAACAGCAGAAAUUGAUGUUCUCCUGGAGGAAGCUGCGGAGCUCAUUGACGAAAAUCAACAAAAGAACCCAAAUUAUUAUAGCACCUAUAAAAUCAGCUACCUUCUGCGACGGCAAGAUGAUGGUUCAUGGAAGUUCUGCAAGGCUAAUGUAGAUACCCCAUCCUGAUACACACCUUGAUCACUGUAUAUGAUAGCUCAGUAGUUAGGGCCUUACUAAUUCUUUAGAUAAUUGAUUUCGUUUUUUACCACUGACCACAAGACUUGUAAAGAAACAUUAGCUUGUAGUGAUGGCAGCAGCGCUCUAUUUAAAAGUUGUUUUUUCAAGAUUAAAUUUCUAGUGAUAUGUUUGUAAACUCUGCUGUCUGUGAACAUUUUUUUUCACAAAAAGGAAAUGAAGCAUUCUUUAUAUUUGUCAGAAA